GCAUGUGUGACCACGGUUUACAUAGUUCCACUUCCCAAACAAUGUGUUAGAUGACUUGAAGCUAGAGACAAGGACAAUCAAAAUAAAAAAGGGGGAGAUCUUCAGAAUUUCAUUGGCAAGAAUCUGAAUUUCCAGGCUCCUGACAGAUAAUGAAGUCAGUAUAUUUAAGACAUCAAUAGUGCAAUAAGAACAUUGAACCGGACAUAGUGCAUGUACAAGUCAGGAAUAAGUAAACUAUACUCAUAAAACAGGAAGAUAUAUAGGGUGGAAAGUUAUUAGAUAACUUUUUGAUGGGAAUCAAGUCACAAAAUGUCUCUAUGGUCCCUGUACGCAUACACAGGAAACUGUGCAUUGGGGAUACACACUGAAUGGACGGAGAUAUAGUGUAAUGGUUUGCAUUUUAUGUUUUUGGGAUACUUAGAAUUUCUUUUAAUUGCAUAAUUUGGAAGUUGUUGUGCAUGUCUUUAAGAUGAUACCUUUAUCUUUGUUAAAGGUGACACAUACUGCUAAAUAACAUUCAAUCUAAUAUCACUCCCUACAGCUGCAGUUGCUGGCUCAGUCACAUACGCUGCAAAACUAAAUACCGUGGCUGGGGCAAAGGUCUCAAAAAUAGAUGACUUAUUUCAGACUGCAGAAACAAAGAACAGCAGCGUAAAUGAAAUACGCUUGACGACAAGUUUGCUUCGCACUGAAAGUUGAUGCUAUACUGAUGACGUUUAAUGUCCUUGCUGGGUCUCUUAGCUACAGUGUAAAGCCUCAUGAAGAGGAUUUUCCACCACACUAGGCACAGUGUAGGUUUAUAGGAUGGCAGUGUUCAGUACAUUUCCUGUCAUCGACACUUAAGAUGCGUUGUGUAAGGCUAGCAAUGUUUUCUGCUACAGAAAUUCAUCAGAAAGAUCAUCAUGCAGGGACAUAGGUGUCUGUCACCCUGGAACAACUUUGACACACAAAGCCUGAAAGCUGUAUACAAGCAGUGUUGUUCAUGGCCCUUGGUGAGAUAUAGGCCAAACAACCUUGAGUUUUGAAAAAAGGGUUAAUCUUUAAUGUUAAUGUUAGGCAAGGAAGGCAGGUUUAUGUAUAUAUUGUAGCACCUUACAACACAAGGCAAUUCAAAGUGCUUUACAAAAAUGAAAGACGUUAAGAGCAUUAAGAGAAGAAGACAUACUUUAUUAAUCCCUUACAGGGAAAUUGUUUAAAAACGGUAGGAAACAGUUUUUACAGAGACAUUUUACAGAGCUAUUUCUGGUUGUGUUUAUCAUUAUUUCCAGAUCGGAUGGUUUUGGGAAAAUGUCAUUUAUUUUACAUAUUAGUUCAUUAUUAUGCAAAACUUUCAAAUGUUCUUAUUAUUUAAGAUACGUACUCAUUAUUUUUUAAAUACUAAGCCUGAGCCAUUGUUUUUUUUACAGGACUACUAAGUCAUCACUUUGGCAUCUUCGAGCUUCUAUAGUACAUUUAUACCUUGUAUUCAGGAAGCAAUUCCCACACCGCACUUAAGGGUGUAAUAGCCUAGUGACAAAAUAAAAUAUACGGGAAAAAACCUAAUACUUAAACAGCUGGUUUUCAAACUUAAUUGAUAUUUGAAGACCUUUAAAUGCCUAGAGCUGCUAACUAUCGUGCGUUUAAUAGAGAAACGUGACAGGAGGUCGCCGUCGAGUGGGAGGGUCGGUCCGCUCCAAAGUAACACUUCAUAUCGUUGGCUUCAUGUGCUACAGUCCUGCAGCUGUCUGCUGUUAUUCUCUCAGUUUAUUGCCAUAGUUUGAUAUCCUCGCUGGUGCAGCCAUGUCGAACCCAUCUGAGCAGAACUCGAUUCUGGUUCUGGAGAACUUCAUCGGAGGGAAGUUCGUCCCCUGUCGGACGCACAUCGACUCCUACGACCCGUCCAUCGGAGAGGUGUACUGCAGGGUGCCGGACAGCGGGGCGCAGGAGAUAUAUGAUGGUCAUAUCUUGGGAACAGCUGAAACCUCACACAGAACAAUGUGCCAAUCUCUCCGUGCUUCACCUCCUGCAGGUGGAGGCAGCAGUGGCAGCAGCUAAAGAAGCGUUCCCCGGCUGGUCCGCUCGCAGCCCGGAGCAGCGAGCUCAGGUCCUCAACAAGUUGGCCGACCUGUUAGACGCCAACCUGGAGGAGUUCGCCCAAGCUGAAUCCAGAGACCAAGGUAAAACAGUAACAUUUGCACGGACUGUUGACAUUCCUCGAUCUGCAUACAACUUCCGCUUCUUUGCGUCAUCAUUGUUGCACCACACCAACGACUGCAGCCAGAUGGACCACAUGGGCUGCCUGAACUACACAAUCCGCUGCCCUGUGGGAGUGGCCGGCCUGAUCAGCCCCUGGAAUCUCCCCCUGUACCUGCUGACCUGGAAGGUUGCUCCUGCCAUCGCUGCAGGCAACACAGUGGUGGCAAAACCCAGCGAGAUGACCUCUGUGACUGCCUGGAUGAUGUGCAAGUUGAUGCAGCAGGCUGGUGUUCCUCCAGGAGUUGUCAACAUUGUUUUCGGCACCGGGCCCAAAGCAGGCGAUGCUCUGGUCGGCCAUCCUGACGUCCCAUUGGUCUCUUUCACUGGCUCAACGGCCACUGCCCAGUGCAUCACAGAGCGGAGCGCUCCCUACUGUAAGAAGCUCUCUCUGGAGCUGGGAGGUAAAAACCCUGCCAUUAUCUUUGCUGACGCAGACCUGGACCGGUGCAUCGAGACCACUGUUCGCUCCAGCUUCUCCAAUCAGGGGGAGAUCUGCUUGUGCACCAGCAGGAUUUAUGUAGAGCGGAGUAUUUACUCCGAAUUCCUGGAAAGGUUUGUGGCUGCGGCUAAGAAGUGGAAGACAGGUGUGCCCUCUGACACCGGCAAUGACAAUGGAGCGCUCAUCAGCAAAGAGCACCUGGAGAAGGUCCGUAGCUUCGUAGCUCUCGCCAAAUCUGAAGGCGGCACAGUCCACUGUGGCGAGGGGGUGAAUAAGCUUGACCUCUCUGAGCGCAACGCUAAAGGCUACUUUAUGCCGGCCACCGUCAUCACAGGCAUAUCUGACAGCUCCCGCGUCAUGCAGGAGGAGAUUUUCGGCCCCGUCACCUGCGUCAGCCCCUUUGACACAGAGGAGGAGGCUGUUUCCAAGGGCAAUGGUGUGCGCUAUGGUCUGGGGGCCACCGUGUGGUCCCAGGACGUUGGGAAGGUUCACCGGAUGGCCAGGAAGAUACAGGCAGGUAUGGUGUGGACCAACUGCUGGCUGGUGAGAGAUCUGAACCUGCCCUUUGGAGGGAUGAAGAACUCUGGUGUGGGGAGGGAGGGAGGGAAGGACUCCUUCCACUUCUUCACAGAGGUGAAGACUGUCACCAUCAAACACUGAGGGAGUUAAAAGAGAUGGCAGCCUUGAUUGGAGAAAAAGUUGUGUAGUUACUCGUGACAUUCAUCCACCUUUGCUGGCAUUUUUUGUGAAUUCUAAUAAAAACUUUCUGAUCUUCCCCUCUCGGAUUACUGGAGCCUGUAAUAAAGUCUCAUCAUAGAAAACAGAAAUUACAGAGGAACAAUACAGAUGCAAACAAGCAUCCAAACAAAAUUUCAUGUAAAGAUGUAUGAACUGCCAUCUUCUCCUGUGGAGCAUUUUGGAUGCAUAAUGUGUUAGGGCUUCAUAUUUAAAAUAAAAAAGGUUCUGACCAAGUCAAUAGCACAAUUUAUGAAUUAAGGAACAGCAGCUUUAAACCACAUUUUAAAAGUUUAGACUGCAGGUCCUUGUCCUGCGUGACAGUUUUGUAAGUCAUUCUUAAAAGAAGGCAUGCAGAACAAAAACAUAGCCUACUGUAUGAACAGAAAAGCUUCUGCUGAAGCAGGUAAACAAGGGAGAGUAUGUGCUUCAGGGAAACCCAACCCGAAAAGCAAAUCAUUGUCAAAUCCACUCUGGUAUUUCUUCAGCUAUUUUGUAAUGCCGCGUCAACACAAAUUAAAACACCUUACACAUGCAA